AUGAUAAGUUAGUAUCGAAUACCUUCAUUUGAAGAGAAUUAGUAACUGUUAUAAUAAUAUUUUACGGUUUUAUUAUGAGUUCAAUUAAUAGUAGCGAAUUAUUAGAAUCACAGAAUAGUGUAUCUGUGAUUUUCAAUUCUGAUAAAUCACGUUUAGAAACGUCUAUUAAAAGAAAACGACCAAAAAUGUAUUUAGUGGCUGCUGCGGCAUUACUUAAUGGAGUCUGUAUGGGUUUAGUAUUAGGAUAUAGCUCACCGGCUCUUUCUAGUUUUAGGAAAUCUACUAGUCAUCUUCAUUUAAAAUUGGAUGAAGAAGAUUGGUUCGGCAGUCUAAUGGGAAUAGGUGCCUUGAUUGGAGGUUUUUCUGGAGGUCCAUUAACAAACUAUGUUGGAAGAAAGAAUACUUUAAUAUUGUGCAGUGUUCUGUUUUUCUUCGGAUGGGAUGGUAUUCCUUACAGUAACUCCGCUGAACUCCUGUAUUUUCUUAGAAUAAUUACUGGAUUCUGUUCAGGAUUAGUUUCUUCAGCUGCUCCUAUGUAUAUUAUCGAAAUAUCAACUCCUAAAGUUCGUGGAUUUCUGGGAUCUUGUUUCCAAUUAUCUGUGGUAACUGGAGUACUAGCAGCCAUGUCUCUUGGCCUAUAUUUUCCAUGGUCAUGGUUAUCUGUUUGCUGUGCCAUCAUCUCCAUAUUCUCGUUACUAUGCAUACUUCCUAUGCCAGAAUCACCCAGAUGGUUAGUAAUGAAGAAUAAGAAAAUAAAAGCCAUUGUUGCUAUUAAAUUUCUGCAAGGAGAUCGAGUGGAUCCUCAGAAAGAAUUUGAAAACAUAGAAAAUGAUAUAAAAAGACAACCUCAAGGUAAUAUUGGCAUUAAAGACUUUGUAGAUCCUAUCAAUUGGAAACCAUUUCUGUUGUCUAUAGGGUUAAUGUACUUCCAACAAUUUUCUGGAGUUAAUGGAAUAAUGUUUUAUGCUUCUUCUAUUUUUGAAUCCACUGGAAAUAAAACUAUUUCUGAUAAUUCUCCAGUUAUAGUGGCAGCUGUUCAAGUAUUUGCAACGUUCAUGGCUUCGAUUCUAAUGGAUAAAGCUGGUAGAAAACUUCUUCUUUUGAUAUGCGGAAUAGGAACAACCAUAAGUUUAACAACAAUGGGUUUUUAUUUUUAUUUCGCUGAAAAAUAUGGAAAGAGUUAUCAAGUACAGUACAGUUGGAUAUCUUUGGUUAGUCUAGUAGUAUUUAUAGCUUCGUUUUCUAUCGGUAUGGGACCAAUACCGUGGUUAAUGGUGGCAGAAAUGGUUCCUCAAAGAGUCAGAAGUUUGGUAAGUGCAGUUGCAACGGGUUUCAAUUGGACUUUAGUGUUUAUAAUUACUUUCACUUUCGCGAAAAUGGCUAUAGCUUUUCAUCCGUAUGGUUUAUACUGGUUUUAUGCAUCUAAUUGCUUUCUCUGUGUGUUGUUCUCGUGGUUUAUAUUACCAGAAACAAAAGGUAAGAAGUUAGAAGAUAUUCAAAAACUGUUCAAAAGAAGCAGCUUAUCAUUUAGAACAAAAUCAACAACUGGAAAUGAUUUGCUUCCGAUCAUUGAGAAUGAUGUAAUAAUGCAGAGCGAUUAAGAUAUAUAAACUAUAUUUAUUAGUAUU